AUGUGCGUGUUUUCAAUCACUCCUGUCUUUCUUCCCGGGUUGAUCAACGGCACGCCCCGUCUCAUGACAGCGCUUGAUGUGCGGUACGCCGCGUUGCAGUGGAAGCUGCUUGUCCGUCGUCUUGGGGCGCGCGACUGGCUGGCGGUGGGGAAAGUUUCAAGAGGCCAUCGACGCGCAAAUGAGCAGCCGCGUCCCCACUUGGACGCGCUCUGGGACCAGUUGCCCUUCGGCGCUUCCAGCCACAAGGCGGGGCUGCGAUUGCGAACUACCCGGGGUCAAUCGUGGCUGGCCAUGUGGACGCCCGAGGCUGACGCAGCUCAGCGACUUGUCUGA